AUGGCGACCAAGAAACCCAACAUCCUCUACAUCAUGGCGGACCAGAUGGCGGCCCCUCUCCUGGCCUUCCAUGACAAGAAUUCCCCCAUCAAGACUCCUAAUCUGGACCGGUUGGCGGAGGAGGGUGUGGUGUUUGACUCAGCCUACUGCAACUCCCCGCUGUGUGCGCCGUCGCGCUUCGUCAUGGUGACCGGUCAGCUCCCGUCCAAGAUUGGCGCCUACGACAAUGCUGCCGACUUGCCCGCCGACGUCCCCACCUACGCCCACUAUCUGCGCCGCGAAGGCUACCACACGGCUCUGGCCGGGAAGAUGCACUUUUGCGGUCCGGACCAGCUGCAUGGCUAUGAGCAGCGAUUGACCAGUGACAUUUACCCGGGGGAUUAUGGUUGGUCGGUCAACUGGGAUGAGCCGGAUAUCCGUCCCGAUUGGUAUCACAACAUGUCGUCCGUGCUGGAGGCUGGUCCCGUCGUGCGCACCAACCAGCUCGACUAUGACGAGGAGGUCAUCUACAAGUCCAAGCAGUAUCUGUACGACCAUGUCCGCCACCGCACCGACCAGCCUUUCUGCCUGACCGUCUCUAUGACGCAUCCGCACGAUCCCUACGCGAUGACCAAGGAGUAUUGGGAUAUGUACGAGGGUGUGGAUAUCCCGCUGCCGAAGAACUCCGACAUCCCCGACGACCAGCAGGACCCCCACUCGCAACGGGUCCUCAAAUGUAUCGAUUUGUGGGGUAAGGACAUGUCGGAGGAGCGCAUCAAGGCGGCACGCCGCGCCUACUUCGCCGCGUGCACUUACGUCGAUACCAACGUCGGCAAGUUGCUGCGGGUGCUGGAGGACUGCGGCCUGCGCGAUGAUACCAUUGUGGUGUUCACUGGUGACCACGGCGAUAUGCUGGGCGAGCGCGGACUGUGGUACAAGAUGGUCUGGUACGAGAACUCGGCGCGGGUGCCGAUGAUCGUGCACGCGCCCAAGCGGUUCGCUGCCAAGCGCGUGUCGGAGAAUGUCUCGACGAUGGACCUGUUGCCCACGUUUGCCGCGAUGGGGGGAGCGCCUUUGAUGAAGGAACUCCCGCUGGACGGGGUGUCACUGAUGCCCUAUCUGAGCGGCGAGCAGGGACCCAAAACCGACACUGUGCUGGGCGAGUACAUGGCCGAGGGAACCCAAUCGCCAGUGGUGAUGAUCCGGCGCGGGCGCUGGAAGUUUGUAUAUUCCCUGAUCGAUCCCCCGAUGUUGUAUGAUCUGGAAGCCGAUCCGGAGGAGAUGGUGAACCUGGUGGCUGGCCUUGCCGUGCCGUCGCAAACCGCCAUCAAACCCGGUGCACACAGUCAGCUGAACUCUGGCGCGCUGCCCACUCCCGCUGACACCCCUGGCGAGACUCCCCGGGUGUCCCCCGUGCCUCAGCGCGCCACUUCGACGUACCCCUUCCCGACGCCCCCGCGCACCCCCAGCCCCGCCAAGCUUCCGGCUGCCGUGCCCGACACCGCCGACCCAGCCAAGCUGCUGGCGCACUUUACCGAGGAAGUACACGCGCGCUGGGAUCUGCCCGCUAUCCGGGAGGAAGUGCUGCGGUCUCAGCGCCGGCGGCGACUGGUGUACUCGGCGUUGGUUAAGGGCAACCCGGCGUUCUGGGACUACGAGCCCCGGGUGGAUCCCAGCACGCAGUACGUGCGCAACCAGGGCAAGGGGAUUUUGGACGAUGUGGAGUUCAUGUCCCGAUGGCCGCGGGUCCUGCAGCAAGCCGCCAACGCGAUGGGCACGAGGGUGUAG